AUGCCACCGUCGGCAAAGAGAGCCUCUAGGGCUCGUCGCGAACCGCGUAAAGCCGCGACCUCCAACGCAGAUACAUCACCAGGCGACGUUGAAGAUUCCUCCCCCAGUCGUCCAGCCAAGCGUCGUAAGAAGGUCCAGGAAGAUGAAGACCCUCCCGCGCCGAACGACGAUCAACUCGUGUCGCAAAUCACACAGCAUCUCAGAAGUCAGGAAGUCCAGGCCAGCAAGGAUCACGCAAAUGUCAUACACGAGGCCAAGGGUGAUGGUGUGAAAGCCUACGCCAAAGUGGCUGCCCAGGACUGGACCUUUUAUAUCACCAAGCUCAACGUCAACAUAGGCCGAGCUCCAGAGACGUCACAUAACUCUCAGACCGUGGGCUCCGACGGAGACGAGUCCUACGUCCACAUCGACUUGGGCCCUAGCAAGAUGGUAUCGCGAGAGCAUGCCACCAUAUCAUUCGAUUCCAAGGACGAGAAGUGGUUCCUGCAUGUCAAAGGCCGCAACGGUGCUAAGGUGGACACCCAGCCCGUCAAGGCUGGACAGGCUCAUCCUCUCACAAGCGGCGAAGUCAUCGAGGUUGGAAAUGUCGAGAUGAUGUUUGUGCUUCCGUCCGAGAUAACUCCAUUGACUGUGCAUCCCAUCUACUUGCAACGCGCUGGAGUCAGUGUUCAUACACCACAGUCACGUACUUCGCGCCGACAACCCCUCAUUGCACCGGCGCCUCCGGAAUACAAACGCCCGGGCACGCCGCCCUCGGCUCAGAGCACUGCCAAAUCACCGGCUGCAAGCACGCCGGCCGUCAUGGUCGGUGCCAAUGGUGUAGAUCUGAGCCAGGAUGAGAACCAGCAUAUCAAGCCUCAGUAUAGCUAUGCUCAAAUGAUUACACAGGCGAUCCUGAACGCACCUGACGGGAAGCUGAAUCUGAACGGCAUCUAUACCUACAUCAUGAACACAUACGCCUACUAUCGCCAUCAACAGGCUGCUGGCUGGCAGAACUCAAUUCGUCAUAACCUUUCACUGAACAAAUCAUUUGACAAGGUUGCCAGAUUAACCGAUGAGCCCGGCAAGGGAAUGAAGUGGCAAAUCGUCCCAGAAGCAAGAGAGGAGAUGAUAAGAAACGCCUAUCGCGUUGGUCGAGGUGGUCAUCGUGGUUCAUCUGCCCCCUCAUCUCCAAAUCAACUCGCCUACAUCACACAUGGCCCAAGAGACAUGGCCUCGAGAGAGCCUCCCUCAGCCCGCAGACGAAGAGCAUCCCCUCCGGCAUCACCACAGCCACCUGGUUCCUCUUUGCUCAUUCCCCAGUCCACUCCUGAUCGAUCUUUUGGCAGAAACGCGACCAUGAUGAUUGAUGGCAGCCCAUUACCGCGUCCUAGGAAGACGCCAGCAAGAGACUCAUCUUUUUCGGUGUACAACCCUCAGUCGCCCACGCUCACAUCUUCAUACCAGGAGGACGGAGGCUCAUUCGUCACCCCAGCACCGCCCAGGAUGCACCCUAAGCUUGCUCCUCCAAGCACAGCACAGAGACCAAGUCAACACAUGCCCACCAGCUCACCUGCCCCUUUCUGGAAAUACGCAGACAUAGGCAGCACACCAUUGAAACCUCUUGGUGGCUACGAUGUCAGUCCUACCAAGGCUGGAGGUGUUCUCCCCCCGCAGAGUAGCAGUCCGCCUAGGGGAGACAAGUCGCCUCUUAGCAGCCCUUCUCGACCUCAAAAGUCAAGCCCACAGCCUAUUGCUCAACCGGCGGAGGCCGAAGAGGAGCACGGCUUUGAUUUAACAAAGUUUGUUUUCCCCGUGACUCGCUUAAGACUGAGCUAA